CGUUGUGUCUCUUAUUCUCAUUUCGCCCUGUCUCUUUCACCGCCAUGGAUCUCUUUUUAUUUUAAGGAUACUUUUCUAUAUUGUCACCCUCAUAUGGAUCACAGUGUGCUUCUUGCUGGGAUUUGACAGCUGUGUGUGUGUGUGUGUGUGAGCCAUGCUACGCGUGUUCAUUCUGUGUGCAGAGCGGUUGCAAACGCCGGACGAUGACAUCAGUGAUGCCUACUGCAGCGUCACCUAUGAAGGGUCCAAGAAGAAGACAAAGGUCAUCAAAAACAAUCCUAACCCUGUGUGGAAUGAGGGUUUUGAGUGGGAUCUGAAGGGGAUUCCUCUGGACUCUGGAGCUGAGAUUCACUGUGUUGUUAAAGAUCAUGAGAAAAUGGGGAGAAACAGGUUUCUGGGGGAGUGUCGGCUCGCUCUUAGAGAUGUGCUCAACUCUCCCAAUUUCGCCGCCACCUUCACCAUCUCCUUGCUGGACACCAAGAGGAACAACACAGGGGCCACGCUGACCCUGCAAGUUUCCUACCUCCCUCCUCCAGGAUCCGCUCCGAUGUUUCAACCUCCUCCCCAGCUGGAGCCUCAGCCUCAUAACAACCCUAGUGUGGAGCUGGACACAGUCACAAUGAUCUCUCUGGAUACUUUGGGUGAGGAAGAUACGGAGAGUAUGAUGAUGCUUGAGCCCACAGAGGACCAGGGAGCAGACGAUGGACGCUCCAUGGUGAUAAUUGGUCCUCAGGGGCCCCCGGGGCAGGAAUCCCCCACCGCCCAGACGCCCAAGCGCUCACCGCCAUCCUACCACACCCAAGGAGGGCUGAGGAAGAGGAGGAGAGGAGCCAGCAGUCACCCCAAACCGCUACCCAACAAACCACAGGAUCUGCAGAUUCGUGUGCGGGUCAUUGAGGGACGACAGUUACCGGGCAUCAACAUUAAACCUGUUGUUAAGAUAGCAGUUGCCGGGCAGUCCAAGAGGACCCGAAUCAGAAAGGGAAACAACCCAGUCUUUGAUGAGACUUUCUUCUUGAACUUCUUCGAGACGCCCUCAGACUUGUUUGACGAACCCAUUUUCAUCACUGUAUGUGACUCUCGUUCACUUAGAACUGAUGCCGUGAUCGGUGAAUUCAAGAUGGAUGUGGGCACCAUCUACAAUGAGCACAGGCACUGCUUCUUGAGGAAAUGGCUUCUGCUUUGUGACCCUGACGACCUCUCUGCUGGGGUCAAAGGUUACCUGAAGGUCAGCUUGUUUGUCUUAGCAGCUGGAGAUGAGCCACCGGCUGAUAAACGUGAGUGUGUGGAGGAUAAAGAGGAUAUAGAAUCAAACCUGUUGAGGCCUGCAGGUCUGUCUCUGAGAGGAGCCUCGUUCAACCUGAGGAUCUUCAGAGCUGAAGACCUGCCACAGAUGGACGAUGCCUUCAUGGAUGGGAUGAGGCAGAUUCUUGGGUUUGAUAGCAACAGGAAGAAUCUGGUGGAUCCCCUGGUGGAGAUUCACUUUGCUGGCAAAACGGUCUGCACUAAGACUUUGGAGAAGAAUGCCAAUCCACAGUGGAACCAGAGCCUGGCCAUGCCAGUCCGAUUUCCUUCCAUGUGUGAGAAGAUGAGGAUCAGAAUUCUGGACUGGGAUAGAGCUAGUCACAACGACGUUAUCGGCACCACCCACCUCUGUAUGUCCAAGAUCUCCGCCCCCGGGGGAGAGAUAGAUGUGGAUGACAGUCUUGGUUUCCUGCCAACGUUUGGUCCGUGUUUUGUAAACCUAUACGGCAGCCCCAGAGAGUUCACCGCCUUCAAUGACCCCCAUGAGGCUCUUAACUUGGGAAAAGGGGAGGGCGUGGCAUACCGAGGCCGGGUUUUACUGGAACUUACCACGAAACUGGUGGACAAGCCGGAGCAAAAAACUGAAGACAUACCCUCAGAUGAUCUUUUGGUGGUGGAGAAGUUUCUCAGGAAGAGGAAGUUCUCGCUCUUCGUUGCGUUUUACUCGGCCACACUCCUCCAGGACGUCGACGACGCCAUCCAGUUUGAAGUCAGCAUCGGCAACUACGGCAACAAGUUCGACUACACCUGCCUUCCUCUGGCCUCCACUACUCAGUUUAGCAGGGCAGUGUUUGAUGGUUGCCACUACUACUACCUCCCAUGGGGAAAUGUUAAGCCGGUGGUUGUUCUCUCUUCGGAGUGGGAGGACAUCAAGCCAAGGAUCGAGGCUCUCAACAUGUUGCUGGCUGUCACAGACAGGCUGGAGGCGAACCUGCAGAGGGUGCAGCUGGCAGUAAAGGCUGGUGGCGAUCUGGAGGAGGUGGAGCUCAGAGUGGUGGAGCUGUUGGAUCAGCUUAUCAGUGACUGCAGUGAGGAGCUGCCCUCUCUCGAUCAGUGGCAGUGUGCAACGCCUCUGGAUCGCUCGCUGAGGCACGUUCGUACCCUCCACCUGCAGCAGAUCGCCGCCGCAGCACUGGCUCUCAAACAUGGUCCAGAGACGGAGCUCUCCACAAUGCUGGAGCAGGCUGAGGACUGGGCCAACAGGCUGAGGACCAUGGCUGAAGAGCCCCAGAACAGCCUUCCAGAUAUCGUGAUAUGGAUGUUGCAGGGUGACCGCAGGGUAGCGUAUCACCGCAUCCCAGCACACACCGUCAUCUUCUCCCAGCAGCACUGUGGGAAACACUGCGGUCAGCUGCAGACUGUCUUUCUUAAGUGUCCACAGGGCAGCGGGGGAGAAGCCAAACUUCCCGGUCAGUUGAGGGUUAAAGUUUGGUUUGGAUUGGCUGCUGAUGUCAAACACUUCAAUGAAUACGCUGAAGGAAAACUGUCUGUCUUUGCUGAGGCGUAUGAGAACCAGACACGGCUCGCCCUGGUGGGCAGCUGGGGAACUACAGGUCUAACCUACCCCAAGUAUAGCGACAUCACCGGGAGAGUUAAACUGCCCAAAGAGAGUUUCAAACCCUCGCCCGGCUGGUCCUGGGCUGGAGACUGGUACAUCAGCCCCGAGAGGACACUGCUGUUUGAUGUGGAUGCCGGUCACAUGACCUUCACAGAAGAAGUGUUUGAAAACCAGAUGAGGUUACCAGGUGGCCAGUGGAUCGGCAUGCCAGAAGGAUACACGGAUGUGAAUGGGGAGAAGGCGGUGCCAAAGGACGAGAUUGAGUGUCCUCCGGGUUGGGUAUGGGAGGAGGUGGAGUGGAGUGAGGAUCUCAACAGGGCUGUGGAUGAUCAAGGUUGGGAGUACGGCAUCACCAUUCCCCCAGACCGUCGUCCCAAGUCGUGGGUGCCGGCAGAGAAGAUGUACCACACCAACCGACGGAGACGAUGGAUACGGAUGAGGCGACGAGACCAGCAGAAGAUGGACGCUCUGAGAAAGCAGCGUCCGGACGAGGCAGAGAGGGAGGGCUGGGAGUACGCUUCUCUCUUUGGCUGGAGGUUCCACCUGAAGCCCAGGAAGACGGACAGCUUCAGGAGACGCAGGUGGAGGCGCCGCAUGGAGCCGCUGGAGAAGACAGGACCGGCAGCCAUCUUUGCCCUUGAGUGUUCUCUGAGCAGUAUAGAGGACAAGAAUGAAGACAAGUCAGUAACGACCACGUUUGGAGUCAACAGGCCUACCAUUUCCUGUUUCUUUGAGCGUGGCACUCGAUACCAUCUACGCUGCUAUCUGUAUCAAGCCAGAGACCUGCUGCCCAUGGACAAAGACAGCUUCUCAGACCCCUACGCAAUCGUAUCCUUCCUCCACCAAUCCCAGAAGACGGUGACGGUGCGAAACACUCUCAAUCCCACCUGGGACCAGACGCUCAUCUUCUAUGAAGUGGAGAUUUUUGGCGACUCUGAGGUCACAAUGGCCAGCCCUCCCAAUAUUAUAGUGGAACUCUACGAUCAGGACACAUACGGAGCUGAUGAGUUCAUGGGUCGCUGUGUGUGCCAGCCCUCACUGACUCGGUCACCACGCCUGGCCUGGUUCCCGAUUCGCAGAGGGGACAGGAACGCUGGCGAGCUGCUGGCUGCCUUCGAGCUCAUACGCAGAGAAAAGCCGUCACUUCACCAUAUUCCAGGUCAAGAGGGAGAUUUCCUGACUUCCACCCACGUCUUAGAUGAGCUGAUGUUUCCAGGAUUCCUCUCUGAAAACCUGCAGCAAUGGCCGGAGGAGUCAGACCUUCCGUACCCACCACCUCAGAGAGAGCCAAAUGUCUUCAUGAUUCCUCAGGGAAUCAAACCUGUUCUGCAGAGAACCGCCAUCGAGAUUUUAGCAUGGGGCGUCCGGAACCUGAAGAGCUUCCAGCUGGCCAGUGUUACCUCCCCCAGCCUGCAGGUGGAGUGUGGAGGCAGCAUGGUCCAGAGCUGCGUCAUCCGCAGUGUGAAGAAGAAGCCUAACUUUGACAUUAAUACGCUUCUCCUUGAUGUGAGACUUCCCCAGGAGGAGCUCUACAUGCCGCCAAUCGUCAUCAAAGUCAUUGACAAUCGUCAGUUUGGGAGGAAGCCGGUGGUUGGGCAGUGCACCAUCCGCUCGCUGGAGGAGUACCGCUACAACCGAGAAGAUGAACAAGCCGUGGAGUUGGAGGGAGAGGAGGAAGGAUGGAGACGUGAGACGCCCCAGUUAAUUUCUGGGGAGGUUUUUAUUGACAUUGAUGAUGAGCAGCCGCUUGUGUCUGACCAGCUUGCGGAUGGAACCAGUUCUGCUAUCAUUAACCUUUCAACCUCUAGUUCCAGCCUUCAUGGAGAAGAGAUUAUGGACUGGUGGAGUAAGUUCUAUGCAUCGACUGGAGAGAAAAACAAGUGUGCAACUUAUCUGGAGGAAGGCUUUGACACUCUCAAGGUGUAUGACCGGGAGCUGGAGAAGGUCGAGGAUUUUAAAGGACUCUCUGAUUUCUGCCAAACAUUCAAACUGUACAGAGGAAAGACUCAAGAUGAAGGAGAAGAUCCUUCAGUGGUUGGAGAGUUCAAGGGCAUGUUUAAGAUCUACCCACUGCCGGAUGACCCCGGUGCCCCUGUUCCCCCAAGGCAGUUCAGAAAGCUGCCUCCCAACGGCAUCGAGGAGUGCUUGGUCCGAGUCUACAUCAUCCAGGCUCAUGGACUCCAGCCCAAAGACCCCAACGGGAAGUGUGACCCGUAUGUGAAGAUCACGCUGGGGAAAAAGUCUGUCAACGAUCAUGAAAACUACAUCCCCUGCACACUGGACCCAGUCUUUGGAAAGAUGUUUGAGCUCACAUGUUCUCUCCCACUGGAGAAGGACCUUCGCGUGAUGCUGUACGACCACGACAUGCUCACCAAAGACGAGAAGAUCGGCGAGACGGUGAUCGACCUGGAAAACCGCUUCCUGUCCAAAUAUGGAGCCAAGUGUGGCCUGCCACAGUCAUAUUGUGUAUCUGGAGUAAACCAGUGGCGAGACCAGCUGACACCCACGCAGCUGCUAUACAGAUUCUGUGAGAGAAGAAAUCUGCGGAAGCCGGUCUAUGAAGACGAAGCAGUCCGCUUCAAAGGAGAACGAUACACCUCUGACGACCUCGAGGACAAAAAUGUGUCCAAACGUCAUCUUGGCCCAAUUAAGGAGCGACUGUCCCUUCACAUCUUGAGGAAACUGGGAUUGGUACCCGAACAUGUGGAAACCAGACCACUCUACAGCCCGCUCCAACCUGACAUAGAGCAGGGGCGUGUGAUGAUGUGGGUUGACCUCUUCCCCAAGUCUCUGGGACUACCCGGACCGCCGUUCAACAUCACACCACGGAAGGCCAAGAAGUUCUUCCUGCGUUGCAUCAUCUGGAACACCAGUGAUGUCAUUCUGGAUGAUGUCAGCAUCAGCGGGGAGAAGAUGAGCGACAUUUAUAUCAAAGGCUGGCUCGACGGACAUGAACACAACAAGCAGAAGACAGACGUCCACUACCGCUCUCUGGGAGGAGAGGGGAACUUCAACUACAGAUUCCUGUUUCCCUUCAACUACUUACCAGCAGAGCAACUGUGCGUCAUCGACAAAAAGGAACAUUUCUGGAGUUUGGAUAAAGCCGAGACUAAACUGGCUCCUAAACUGACCAUUCAGAUCUGGGACAACGACAAGUUCUCCUUUGACGACUACCUCGGUCACCUGGUGAUGGACCUGAACCACAUGUUGCGUCCAGCAAAGUCUCCAGAGAAAUGUACCCUUCAGGUGCUCGACCAGCCACCGGACAAACUGGUGUCUCUGUUUGAACAGAAGACCGUCAAAGGCUGGUGGCCCUGCACCUGCGAGAAUAACGGAGAGAAGAUCAUCGCUGGGAAGGUGGAGAUGUCUCUGGAGAUAGUGACAGAGCAGGAGCAAGAGGAGAGACCAGCCGGCCUCGGCAGAGAUGAACCCAACAUGAACCCUCACCUGGAGCAGCCUCAGCGUCCAGAGACAUCCUUCCUGUGGUUCUCCUCCCCUUACAAGACCCUCAAAUACAUCCUGUGGAGACGGUUCAAGUGGUUCAUCAUUCUCUUCAUUUUCCUAUUCUUCAUUAUCCUCUUCCUUGGAGUCUUCCUCUACUCCUUCCCGAACUAUGCUGCCAUGAAGAUGGUGGGACCAUUUGGACCAGCCAAGGAAACAAAGUGAAGAUGAGGAGCAUUUGAAGGAAAAGACAAGGAGACGUGAAUAAAUAGAGACAAUGAGAAACCAUACCACUGUUCUGAGAGUGAAACGAGCCCGGAUUUUAUUAGCCCUUCCUUCUUCUUUUUGAGACUUUUUCUGUUGUCUUCCUGGAGUCAUGAGUGAUGAAGUCAGCCAAAUUGUCAGAUCCAGAUGUCCUUUGAUAUAGUCACACCUGAUUAGCACUGGCUGUAUGUGCGCUUAUGUUUGAUAUGUGUGCAUUUUGUGCCUUUACCGUUAAAUUCACUUCUGUACUUCUGUGCUGAAAGCGUUUCCAAAGUUACUAUCAGAACUCAGCGUGUGCCGUCUGCAUCGCCAUCAUCCCUCAGUCACCGCUUUCAUCUCUCUUCCCGCCUCGCGCUCUCUCUGCUGCCCUCACGCAGGGGAGGAGGAGAAGAAAAGCUCGCCGCUGAGUGAGGCCGCGCUCCGAAACAGCAGAAACAGAAUUAAAGAUCGUGAUAUUGAUGGUGUUUGAUCUUUUUACCGCCCGCUGCUUCCCUGCGAGAGGCAUAGUCAGGUCAGGCAGUCAGUUUACCGACUCAUGUCAAACUUUAUCACUCCAAAAAAUUCAAUCUGAGGUUAAAGCGUGGCGGGAGUUUUCAGCGAUUAUUCUCUUUGAAUCACCUUUUAAUGUUGUUGCCCUGCUGCUUUCAAGUGCAAUCAGACUUUUUUUAAUGAUCAGAUCAGAGUUAAGUUGGUAGAAGUGAAACAUAAUAUCCAGGCUGGGUGUUUUUUUUUUUUCUUUGAUUAUAUUUUUAUUACAGCAGGUCACAUACGAUGCCUUCAGGUUGUGUGGGAUUUCCGAGCACUUACUGAUUACUGUUAAAAACAAAUUAUUGUAGUUCCUCUCCUUACCUAUCAGUUCUUCUCCUUCUUUUCCCUCAUCUUCCCCUCCUCCUUCUCUAUCCAACCUAAUCCCCCUCCUCCUCAGGGUUCAGCAGGUUAAGUCAGGGAUUUGCUUUUGAGCCUUAUUAUUACAUGGCAUGUUUUAGAUAGAUGAUGUGGGCUGAUAUGGACACACAAGGACACAUUGUGUUGUUGAUCCUUAAACAGCUCGAGCUUUAGUGAGCAAAGCCGAACAUCGGUGAAUGAUAAAGAAGAACGGAGUCAUAAUUUGAAAAAUUUUAUGUAAAGUCUCAUUUUUGCUUAUAUUUAUUAUCUUCUUUUCUUUGGGUGCAACCACAUCCUGGCUUAGUUUGGUUUGCUCCACAGUGGAAAAGUUGACUUGGACCCUUUUAGUUGGUUUUAGGUUCACACCAGCUGGUUACAGGCCGAGCAGGGCUCGUAAAUAAAAGUCACAUCGACUCACAAGCAGCUCAUUUAACGUGCACACUUUCGGUAACCUGUCGUCCUGCCAGGUCAGAGAGGAUUUACCUCCGAGCUUCACUGCAUCAGCAUAUAUCACAGUUUCUAAGAGUAGGUGUUUUUGUGUGUGUGUGUGUUUUGUUUGUUUUUUUACUUUAGCGUAUUUCAAUGUUCACCUUUAAAUGCUGCAUUUUUCUCUUUUUUUGUAGUUUGUUUUAAUUAGUGAUUUGAUUAAACUAAAAAGGCAAAAAGUCUCACGAAGUCAAAUUCAAAAACCUCUGAGGUUAAGGCUUACUAAAGUUCAUUUGAUUUAUGCUGCAGAUACAUAUAAAAUGAAAUCCAGUGCUUUAUGAUUAUAAUUAUUUUCCAAGUACUCACAGUAUGUUGAGUUUCUUCAUAGCAUUUAAUCUCCCUUUUUGAAUGUAUGGAAUUAAGUUUUGAAGUAUGAAUUCCAUAGUUUCUGUCUUUAUUAGCAUGUAUGGAGGACCAAAGCUGCCAGAGAAAGACAAAAGUUAACAUCAGAAAAUGAAUGAAUAUGGCAUUAAAUGCAGCAAAUUAAAAUUAUAAAUACAUUUAAGCAUUAUUUUCUUAUAAAAGCUUGUGGAUGAAAUACAUAAUACAUAUAUUUUGAAUAUUACAAAAUGUUUCAAUUUUUAUACUUUUUUAAUGUACUUAUGCACCUUUUGCGUUAGUUUCAUUUUAUUAUUUACCAUUUAUUCUUCUCUUUUUUUUUAUCAGUUUAUGUAUUAUGUAUUUAUUUAUGUAUUAAAUGACAGUACUAUUUUCAGAAUGAUUAAUUAACCUCUUGGACACAAAGCAUCCUGGUGUUGAUCAACCAGAUGGUUGAUCUUAAAGAAAGUUUCCCAGCAUAUAUUAAACAAAUACAAAAAGCCACACCUUGGUGGCCACACUGUUUUUCUUUUUUCAUCAUGAAACUGAAAUGUUAAAUAAAAAGGUUUGAGGGGAAAAAAUAAACUAAUUUAAUGGAAAAAAUAGGAAAGUAAAUAAAUUGUUUCUACAGGUAAUUAACGGGCAAUAAAUUAAACAAAAAAAAGAAAAAAAAAUCCUACAUGGAGUGUAUUAGUUGCAAUGCGUGUAAUGCCAUAUUUAUUUAUUAGGUCCUUUUUAAAAAGGUAAUUUGUUUAAAUUUUGACAGUUUUAGUCCUCCACCGUUGACUUCCUAACUUUAAUGCACUAUAAAAAUUCUUUAUUAUAAUUUUAGUUUGUGAGAGAAAAGAAGGAUCAGACUAAUAAAGGUCAAAUUUAUUUAAAAAACACACUUUAAAUUUUUAUUCUAAAACAUUUUCAUCAGACACUGCUGGUUUCCACGGACACCAAAUACCCCAAAUCUGCCUGACUGUGGGAUGUUUAAAGUGUCUGAUGGUUUCAAGUUAGUUAUGGGGAAGUAUUUCAGGUUACUUCUCACUGGCCUGAGGUUCUUCCAGAUGUUUAUAUUGCAGAUAUUCUUGGUUCAUAUACAAGUUUAUUAUUAGCUGAUAAAAAUGAAGCAAACAGUAUAGUUUAGAAUUGUUUGAAUUAAAAGCUUAAAAACUUUAGUAGUUCUGCAGCUCCUACAGUAAUAAUGGAUGGAUGGAUGUCAUCUGCAGGUGAACAUUUGUGCGUUUAAAAAAGACCAUAAUGUGAAACAACAUGCAAAGCUCCUUUGCUUUGUGUCUGAAUGCAGCAGAUCUCUGUUUAGAGGUGGGCGUUACUGUCAAUUAAGCAGAAAUAGCAGAAUAUUUCUUCAGCUUUUUUAAGUUUGUUACUUUUUAGAGUUUUGAAAUAGCUUUGUGUAUUAAAGUUCUGCUGAUGUUAACAAGUCUUGAAAGGGAGAAAUUUUACUGAGACAAUCCUGCUGACAGUGCCAUAUAUGUACACUGGUUAUUUGAAGUCUCGAGAAGCUGAACAUUGACUCAGCGCUGUUUUGACCUGACAUUAUUCUUCUCAGUGAAUGCAACGUGCCUUCAAGUCUUUAGCCUUUAGCUUUGCUGCCUUGUUGUACAGCAACACUAGCUAACACCUUCCUCAACAGGAAAGGAAAACAAAAUCACAUGCUUCUGUGACAGUUUAAUGCUGCUUAUCUUUUCACUGUUAUCUGCAGAAACCGGGGGUUGAUCUUGUUGUUUGAACCUAAUGCUUUACUCUUCAUGUAAACUGCACUGUGCUUCAGUUUUAGACACAAGCAGGGCUCUGCUGCUGGCUGUGAUAAACUCCUGCUGCCAAAAAACUGCACUGAACAAUAACACACGAGGACUGUGUCAUGUGAAAGGACAAAGCCCUUAGCUGUUACUGUAAAAAAUAAAAUAAAAUGAUAUUUUAAUGUUUUGUGGGAGAUGUGCACUGAAUGUAUUCUAAACAUGAUAUGAAUUUGACUUCAUAGCUGCAGAGAGCAAUACUGUGUGCACUGCAUUAUGUCUGUACUAUCAAUAAAACUGCACUCUUACCCUUUGA